AAACCGCCACGAAAGCCGCACAUUGUUUCCCUUACAAACAAUUUUCCCCUUGCGAAUAUAUUUUUCUUCUUCUUUCGUCAAUAAUAUCAAUGGCGGAAUCAAAGACAAAGUUUGCAGAAAUCAGAGAAUGGAUCGUUGAACACAAGCUUCGUACCGUUGGUUGUUUAUGGCUGAGUGGGAUCUCUGGUUCGAUCGCCUACAACUGGUCUAAACCUGGUAUGAAAACCAGUGUCCGUAUCAUCCACGCCAGGCUACAUGCUCAGGCCCUGACAUUGGCAGCUCUAGCUGGAGCAGCCGCAGUGGAGUACUAUGAUCACAAAGCUGGAACCACCGAUCGCUACCCCAAAUUUCUCAAGCCUGAUAACUUGCAUAAAGACUAAACGAAUAUUAUUCUUACCAUGGCUGAUGUUUGCCUAUUGUAGGCAUAUUCUACUGAAUUUUUCCUUUUCUUUUUAUGUUUCUUUAAUCCCUUGUUCCCGUACUUUGAAAUGAGUUAACUUUGGGUUAUAUGAUCCAUACGCCCUGCAGAUUGUUUGCAAAUUACGGGAUGCUAAUCUGUAAGAGAUACACCUUCCAGAAAAAUAAUGCAUAUUUAUUUUCCGUCUCCUA